GUUUGUUUGGUUGUCUUCACAAUCUCACAUGCACCUGUAAAGUGUGAAGAGAGUAGUGGAAAGGGACAAAGGCAUUUUUCCUUCAAAGGUUUUUGUUGUUACAUAAAAGGGUUUUGUAGUUACUUUCCUUAAAGAAAGAUUAGGGCUUUUGUACUGUUUUUAAGAGCUUUUAUGCCUCUCAUGGCUAAAAAAUUCCUGGGUCCCUUGUCUUGAAUGCAUUCCCUUUGUGUAUUUGGUGGAGGCCCAUUUCUUGUUUCUUCAUGGUUUUUUUUUUUUGCUGCUGUAGUGCAUGUGGAAGUUUAUAGUAUCAGAUUGUUCAAAGCCCCGAGGUUUGCAAGGAAGUGACUUUGUUUGUCUCUUCAAAGACUGAAUCUUUGGGAAGGAGGGUGGUGAAGCUACAUUGUUCAUCGACGAAGGGUAUUGGUAAGAAAAUGCUCUGUUUGCUUUGGUUAGAUCUCUGAAAGUGACUCUGUUUUCCUAGCACAUUCAGUCAUUUAAUGCUCUGGGUCAGCUUUGUGUUGUUAAUAAUUGUUGUUUGCUGAAGCAAUAAUGUAUUUUCUGAGUUUUAUCGGAGGAGGAGCAGUCUUUUGAGGCUCUGGUUGUUUGUCUGGAAAAAGUAUUGGGUUGGUGAAUACAUUUGGGGGUUUUGGUUGCUUUGUUUUGUUCUAAGUUCUUGUUUUGCUUGCCGAAGUGGUGAUUACUCACAUUUUUAGGAGAAAGGUUGUUGCAUGCCUCUUGUUUUACUGUAAAAAUAGUCUGCGGCUUGGUUGGGUUUGUUUAAAUUUGCGGUUUUGUGAGCUUGAAACCCCAUUAUCUUGACUACAUUAGGUUGAUUUCUCAUAAUAUGGAGGGAAGGGUUGCUGAGUUGUUGCUGGGUUCUGUUCUGUUUUGAAUCUGUGGGUUACAAGCCGGAAAGCUCUUUUGUUUUCUUCACAUUGAGCUUUUUCAUUACUUUGGUGAAGCCAUUGACACAACUAUAUGAAGCUCAUUAAGCUUUUAGUGGCAUCCCUAUUUUUCCUCUGUGCCUUGGGGCAGCUUCCUUCACAGGACAUUUUGGCGCUGCUCGAAUUCAAGAAGGGUAUCAAGCAUGAUCCCACCGGUUAUGUCCUUAGUUCAUGGAAUGAGGAGUCUAUUGACUUCAAUGGCUGCCCUGCUUCUUGGAAUGGAAUUGUCUGUAACGGUGGAAACGUUGCUGGGGUUGUUCUUGAUGACUUGGCUCUCUCUGCUGAUGCAGACUUGAGUGUAUUUGCAAACCUCACGAAGCUUGUGAAGCUCUCCAUGUCAAACAAUUCCAUAACGGGCAAGAUUCCUGACAAUGUAGCUGACUUGAGACGCCUUGAGUUUCUGGAUUUAUCUGAUAAUCUGUUUUCCUCGUCUUUACCACCGGGGAUUGGUAGCUUAGCUAGCCUACAGAACCUCUCAUUGGCUGGGAACAAUUUCUCCGGCUCAAUUCCGGAUUCGAUAUCUGGUCUUGCAUCAAUCCUGAAUUUGGACUUGAGCCGCAACUCCUUUUCUGGUGCACUGCCAACAUCAUUGACGAAGCUGACUAACGUGGUAUCUCUAAAUCUCUCUUUUAAUGGCUUUACCAAGAGAAUCCCUACAGGGUUUGAUCUGAUUUCUGGUCUCGAGGUGCUUGACUUGCAUGGAAACAUGCUUGAUGGUCAGCUGGACGUGGAAUUUUUGUUUCUGUCAAGUGCCACUCAUGUAGAUUUCAGUGAGAACAUGCUAGUUAGUUCGAGUUCACAGUCGCAGAAGUUUUUACCGCGAAUAUCUGAGUCUAUUAAGUAUUUGAAUCUUAGCCACAACCGGCUCAUGGGAUCACUGGUGAGUGCAGGUGCUCAGGUCUUUGAAAACUUGAAGGUGUUGGAUCUGAGCUACAAUCAAUUGUCUGGAGAAUUGCCUGGAUUCAAUUUUGUUUAUGAGCUUCAAGUCCUCAAGCUCAGCAAUAACAGAUUCUCAGGGUUCAUUCCUAAUGGCCUAUUGAAAGGAGAUUCUUUGGUAUUGACUGAACUGGAUUUGAGUGCCAACAAUCUGUCAGGGCCCAUAAGUAUGAUUACGUCAACAACUCUGCACAUUCUUAAUCUCUCCUCGAAUGGGCUCACAGGAGAGCUUCCUUUGCUCACUGGAAGCUGUGCAGUACUUGAUCUAUCGAAUAACAAAUUUGAAGGAAAUUUAAGCAGGAUGGUAAAAUGGGGGAACAUAGCAUUCCUUGAUCUGAGUCUGAAUCAUUUGACGGGGGCUAUCCCUGAGGUAACCCCACAGUUUUUGCGUUUAAAUUAUCUCAACCUUUCCCAUAAUUUGCUUAGUAGCUCUCUGCCAACUGUUAUCACUCGGUAUCCAAAGCUUAGAGUUCUAGAUCUCAGCUCCAACCAGUUAAACGGACAUCUUCUUGCUGAUCUGUUAACAAUGUCUUCUUUACAAGAGCUUCAUCUUGAAAAUAAUUUACUGACUGGUGAUGCUAAGUUCACUCUUCCUUCCCCCCCUGGUGAGCGCAAUCUUCAGAUUAUUGAUCUUUCUCGUAACCAUUUUAGUGGCUAUUUUCCUGAUCAAUUCGGGUCAUUGACUGGACUUCAAGUGCUCAAUAUUGCUGGAAAUAACUUUUCUGGUUCUCUGCCAACUUCCAUGGCUGACAUGAGCUCAUUAAGCUCGUUGGAUAUAUCGCAGAACCACUUUACAGGCUCUUUACCGGACAACUUGCCUAACAGCCUUGAAAGCUUUAAUGCCUCGUUUAAUGAUCUUUCGGGGGUUGUCCCUGAAAACCUGAGAAAAUUCCCAAGUUCUUCUUUCUUCCCUGGAAAUACUAGGUUAAGUUUUCCUAGUGGUCCUUCUGGAGCAACCAAUUCUCCAGGUGAAAACCACAAGAGGAAACCAAUGAACACUAUUGUCAAAGUGAUAAUUAUAGUUGCAUGUGUGGUUGCUGUGUUCAUUCUUAUCCUGCUUGCUAUCUUUGUACAUUACAUCCGUAUAUCAAGGAGAACUCCACCAGAACGUACUAUAAAUAAAGACAUCCGCAGGCAAGCGCCACCAAACCCCUCUGGCAUUGGUGGAACGGAUAGUGGUGGUGCUGUGGUUGUUUCAGCGGAGGAUCUUGUGGCUUCACGGAAAGGAUCAUCAUCCGAGAUAAUUAGUCCCGAUGAGAAAAUGGCAGCUGUAACUGGCUUCUCCCCAUCAAAAACUAGCCAUUUCUCGUGGUCACCAGAGUCUGGGGAUUCGUUCACUGCUGAGCACUUUGCAAGACUAGACGUGAGGUCACCAGAUCGAUUGGUUGGUGAGCUGCAUUUGCUCGAUGAUACCAUCAUGUUGACACCUGAGGAGCUGUCCAGGGCCCCAGCUGAAGUUUUAGGACGAAGCAGCCAUGGGACUUCUUAUAGGGCAACACUGGAUAAUGGGCUGUUCUUGACUGUGAAGUGGCUGAGAGAAGGGGUAGCAAAACAGAGAAAAGAGUUUGCUAAGGAGGCUAAAAAAUUUGCGAACAUCAGGCAUCCAAAUGUGGUGGGUUUGAGAGGGUACUAUUGGGGCCCCACACAGCAUGAGAAACUCAUUCUUUCAGAUUAUAUUUCACCAGGAAGUCUUGCAAGCUUCCUAUACGAUCGGCCAGGAAGAAAAGGCCCACCAUUAACCUGGGUCCAAAGGCUCAAAAUAGCGGUUGACGUUGCACGUGGCCUGAACUAUCUCCAUUUUGAUCGUGCUGUACCACAUGGUAACCUUAAAGCAACAAAUAUUCUGUUAGAUGGGCCUGAUCCGAAUGCUCGUGUUGCUGAUUACUGCCUUCACCGCCUUAUGACCCAGGCUGGCACCAUUGAACAGAUUCUUGAUGCUGGGGUCUUAGGUUAUCGGGCACCAGAGUUGGCUGCUUCAAAGAAACCAAUGCCCUCUUUCAAGUCUGAUGUUUAUGCCUUUGGAGUGAUACUGUUGGAACUUUUAACAGGAAGGUGUGCUGGUGAUGUUAUUGCUGGUGAAGAAAGAGGGGUUGAUUUGACCGAUUGGGUGCGGUUGAGGGCAGCUGAGGGCCAUGGCUCGGAAUGUUUUGAUCCUGCAGUGAUGCUAGAAAUGGGGAAUCCAGCUACUGAGAAGGGAAUGAAGGAGGUCCUUGGAAUAGCUUUAAGAUGUAUAAGAUCAAUUUCUGAGAGGCCAGGUAUCAAGACCAUAUAUGAAGAUCUUUCAUCUAUAUAGUUUAGUGUUGAAUCCAAUUUGUCUGGGGAUUAAUAUCUUGUUGGCCUCCCUUUCUGAAUUCUUGGUUGUGGCAUUUUUUGCGUGCUCAGCUAAUUAUAUUACCAUUGUUGUAAAAUUGGAGCAUAUUUCAAUGGAAAAAUUCUAAAUGUUGCAAUCAUGAUGAGCCCUGACCUUUGCUUUGUUAUUUGGCUUCCCGAAUGGCAAUGCAAUUGAGAAUUGGCCUAGGAAAUAGUUUCAAAAAAAGUGAUCAUUGACUGGUGGCCUAUUCCCAUUUCCCA